GGCUGAUGGUGAGGGGGGAGCUCUUUCUCGAAUUCUCCUACAGACCCCGAGACGGUCGUAUUUCUGGCUUUAGUCUGGCAGCACCUUGCUCCUAAUGUACUUGGAAAUAGCUGUCCACCUUGAUUGAAGGGGCUUGUUAUAGAAACGACUGCAAAAUAACAACAUCCUGGAUCUAAUGCACCACUAUUAUUUUGAUUUAUUUACAGCUAUCUAUGUGAAGUGUGUAAAAAGUGAAUGAACGGUUAACUUUGAGACGUAACAGAGGCGCAUACUGCUGAAACUUUGCAACCUGCUGCUUGCUUGUUGUCGGUGUGCGUAGUCUACAGUGUUACAGGGGGAUCUCUCGCCGGGUUACUUUUGUAAUCCACGUCUUUGCAUGGAUGCAUCAUGGCUACUUUAGUUUGCAGGGUUCAGUUUUUAGAUGAUACCGAUCCUUUUAACAGCACUAAUUUCCCAGAACCAACGAGACCACCUUUAUAUACAUUCAGGGAAGAUAUUCCUCUCAUCAACCAGAUUGCUGGAGUUCACAGGCUACUCAAAGCACCUCAUAAGCUUGAUGACUGUACCCUGCAGCUGUCUCACAAUGGAACCUAUUUGGAUCUGGAGUCUACACUGGCUGAACAGAAGGAUGAUCUGGAAGGCUUUCAGGAGGACACUGGGAGGGGCAAGAAACACAGUAUGGUCCUGAGGACUCAGCUCUCUGUAAGGGUCCAUGCCUGCAUCGAAAAACUCUACAACUCCAAUGGACGGGAGCUGAGGAGGGCUCUGUUUUCCCUGAAGCAGAUUUUUCAGGACGAUAAAGAUUUGGUCCAUGAAUUUGUUGUGGCUGAAGGGCUGACAUGUUUGAUAAAGGUGGGAGCAGAAGCUGACCAGAACUACCAGAAUUACAUCCUUAGAGCACUUGGGCAGAUCAUGCUCUAUGUGGAUGGGAUGAAUGGGGUCAUAGGUCACAAUGAAACUAUCCAGUGGCUCUACACACUCAUAGGGUCAAAGUUCCGGCUGGUGGUGAAGACAGCUCUGAAGCUGCUGCUGGUGUUCGUGGAGUACACAGAGUCCAAUACCCAGCUCCUCAUUGAGGCUGUCUGUACCGUCGACACCAAGAGAGGAACCAAAAUAUGGUCAAACGCCAUGGAGAUUUUGGACGAAAAAGAUGGGGUGGACACAGAGCUGCUUGUUUAUGCCAUGACAUUAGUCAACAAGACACUAGCAGGGCUGCCAGAUCAGGAUUCCUUCUAUGAUGUGGUGGACUGUCUGGAAGAGCAAGGCAUUGAAGUUAUUGCACAGAGACACUUGAAUAAGAAAGGAACCGACCUGGACCUUGUAGAACAGUUUAAUAUUUAUGAGAUGACUCUGAGGCACGAGGAUGGUGACGAUGACGGCCAGCCCCCUCCGGCAGGUCGCAAGAACCGCAGAAGAGCGAGUCUGGGAGGGGCUAACGAACGGCGCGGGCUGGAGCGCAGGAGGAGCCGCAGGCAUUCCAUCCAGAACACCAGGGGGGCGACCUCUGCCCCCGCCAGCCCCAGCAGCCCGCACAGUCAGAACACCAAUGGCUUCAUGUCCUACAAUGGUCAGAGGAUUGAGGAUCUCAGUGAAAAUGGAAGGCUAGAGAGCCAUAUGGCGUUGCAGGGUGGCGACCAGUCUGAGACUGAGAGCGUGUUUGAGGCUGAGUUUGCACCGUGGCCAAUAGAGGUGGAGAACGAAGAGGAGGAAGAGGAACAACCAAUCACAGAGCCCAAUACUGAGGAUGAGGGUGAGGAAGAGCCCUCUAGACAGGUCAAACACAGUGUGGUUUCACAAUCUCCAGUGAUAGACAACGUAGAACAAGCCAAUGCCAUUUACUCUCCUAAAUACGUAGCCAACAUCAUACCGAUUUCUGAAGAAGACAGGCCUCUCAACAACCCUACAGCAAAGAACUCUCCAGCCACCUCACCCAGGGCAACAGGCUCUACCGACCGUCCCAACUCUUCUCACCUGUAUGUGUCUCCUCCACCCUCUGUGCUCACCUCAUUGUUAGCCAACCGAAGGUCGCCCACCACCACUUCCAGAACUGGUUGCCAGGGUUCUUCAGCCAACAUCACCCCGGCUGUGUCUCCAACUGUGGAGAAACUGCCCUACCUCCCUCAUUCUCCCUUCCAUCUUUUCUCUUACGACUUUGAUGAACCUUCUCCCUCUACAGUCAAGGAAACAGAGGCUGAAGCAAUGAGAUCCAACAGUCAAGCAGAUGCUACCUGCUCAAGCAAAUAUUCCGAUUCCAAUGAUCCCUAUUCAUCCAGGUACUCCUCUGGCAGAUACAACAGCUAUGGCAGCAGCAGCAGCCCUUACACCAGCAGCAAAUCCUACUCCACACUGAGUGCCCCCACUACACCCACCUCCCGCUAUGGAACGUCUGUGUCACCCUCCCCGGACUCCAAAACAGACAGACCGGUGCUGGGCGGGCUGCUCACAUCCUCUUACCGACAGCACCAGGAGUCCCUAGCGGCUGAGCGAGAGAGAAGGCGACAGGAGAGAGAGGAGAGGCUACUGCGGAUAGAGCGGGAAGAGAGGAACAAAUUCAAUCGGGACUAUAUGGACAAAAGAGAGGAGCAAAAACAUGCCAGAGAAGAGAGGUACAAGAAUGUGGAAAGGUUAGCAGCGGAGGAGUACGAGAAGGAAAGGAGCCGCACAGUGCCAAGGGGGCGGAGCGAGCUGACCCUCAGCCUGAGCCCCCACACUGCGUCCACCUCGCCUGUCCCCAGGUGUGUCACCCCCUCCUCAGCUGAGUCCCAGGAGGAGCCAGAGACACCGUCCACUCCCUAUGAAUCCCCCAAGCCGGCAGAAGUAAUUAUCAGCGAACCAGAGCCUGAACCAGAUCUAGAACCAAACACAGAAAUCAUAACGGCCCUGGCACCAUCGACUGAACUUGAAACAGAACUCGAAGCAGAGCCAGCACUCGAACAGGAAGUGGCACAAGAGGCUGAACAGGAAGCAGAGGCCCAAAAGGAAGAGGUGGAAUCUCAAGACGUGACGGGAUUAGAGCUAGAAGCGGGGCAGGGAUCAGAACGAGAGCCAGAGGACAACGCUCUCCUCAGCGAGAAGGAGAGGCAGAAUGAGGAAGUGAACGAGAAGGACAACUGUUCAGCCUCCAGCAUCUCUUCUGCUAGCAGCACUUUAGAGAGAGAGGAGAGAGAGGACAAGCUAACCAGUGACAAUGAGACUGGUCCAUGGGCACAAUGCAUUAAGGAUGUUGAUGUGAACGAGCAGUGCAGCAAAAUCCUCAACAGUAAGCUGUUCAUGUUGGACAUGUUGUAUGCCCAGAACAAGAAGCCACAGGAUGAGGAGGAGGAGGAAGAAGAGAAGAAAGAACAGGUGGAGGACAAGGAGAAAGAAGAGAGUGAAGAGUCAGUGGCCAGCCUGGCCAGCAGGAUCUCCAUCCUGCAAGCCAACAAGCAAGCCAACGAGGAGAACACCAAGAAGGACAUGGAGCACCUGGACAACCAAGGGAGCGUCAAGGCUUUUGCCGAGAAGUUCAACAGCGGGGAGCUGGUCAAGGUCAUUGGUCCCUCUGAGAGUGUGGUCAGCGAGAAGCAGCCAGAGAAACCACCAGCGCCACCCAAGAAAGAGUCAGAUUACAUUUGGGAUCAACUCAUGGCCAGUCCUCGGGAGCUAAAGAUCAAAGACAUGGACUUCACAGACUUGGGGGAUGAAGACGACCAAGAUAUUCUGGAUAUGGACAGUUUUGUAGGCUCUGGGGAGCAGAUACUUCCUCCGCCUCCCCCUCUACCAUCUUUUAUGGCCUUACCGCCCCCACCCCCUCUUUUUGGCUGCCCACCACCGCCCCCUAUCCCUGGCAUCAUGGCGCCACCUCCUCCACCCUUCAUUGUCCCCCAGCACAUCGGUUCUCCGCAGCUGCCGCGGGGUGAGCCCUCCUUCCAGAAAAAGAAGAAGACUAUUCGGCUGUUUUGGAAUGAGGUUCGUCCUAUGGACUGGCAAUACAAAACCCAUAAACGCUGUAAAGACUCCCUAUGGUCUAAGCUGGAGCCCAUCAAGUUAGACACCUCCAAGCUGGAGCAUCUCUUUGAAACCAAGUCUAAGGAACUGCCAGUCACUAAGAAAACCGCCGCUGAUGGGAAGCGACAGGAAAUCAUUGUUCUUGACUCAAAAAGAAGCAAUGCCAUUAACAUCGGUAUGACAGUAUUACCCCCUCCAAGGACAAUCAAGACCGCUAUUCUCAACUUCGAUGAAUAUGCCUUAAAUAAAGAAGGCAUUGAGAAAAUUUUAACCAUGAUUCCAACGGUGGAGGAGAAACAGAAGAUCCAGGAAGCCCAGCUAGCCACCCCUGACAUUCCCCUGGGCAGCGCGGAACAAUUCCUGCUGACUCUGUCCUCCAUCAGCGAGCUCUCCGCCAGGCUCCAGCUCUGGGCCUUCAAAAUGGACUACGAAUUAACAGAGAAGGAAGUAGCUGAGCCCCUCCAAGACUUGAAAGAAGGGAUGGACCAGCUAGAAAAUAAUAAGACACUAAGGCACAUCUUAUCUACUUUACUUACAAUCGGUAACUUUCUAAAUGCAUCAAAUGCCAAAGGGUUUGAGCUGAGCUACCUUGAGAAAGUUCCAGAGGUGAAGGACACUGUGCACAAGCAGUCUCUCCUGCAUCACACCUGCACAAUAGUGGUGGAGAAGAUCCCAGACAGCACAGACCUCUACUCAGAGAUCGGGGCCAUCACAAGGUCAGCCAAGGUGGACUUUGAACAGCUUCAGGAGAACUUGUGUCAAAUGGAGCGGAGGUGCAAAGCAUCCUGGGAUCACCUGAAGGUCAUAGCAAAACAUGAAAUGAAGCCAGCCCUGAAGCAGAAGAUGUCCGAGUUCCUGAAGGACUGCGCAGAAAGGAUCAUCAUUUUAAAGAUUGUGCACAGGAGGAUAAUUAAUAGGUUCCAUGCAUUUCUCUUGUUCAUGGGCCAUCCUUUCUACGCGAUCCGAGAGGUGAACAUUAACAAGUUCUGCAAGAUCAUCAGCGAGUUUGCCCUGGAGUACCGCACCACCCGCGAGAGAGUGCUGCAGCAGAAACAGAAACGGGCCAACCACCGGGAGAGGAACAAGACCAGGGGCAAAAUGAUCACAGAUACUGAUGAUGAAGAUGAUUGCGAGUCAGGAAAAUUCUCCAGUAACACACCCAGCAGUCUGAGCCAGCCCCAGGGCCUGGAGUAUGCAGAGGACGCAGCAGAACAUGAGAAUAUGAAGGCCGUGCUGAAGACCAGCCUGCAGAGUGGGGAGAGCAGCGCCUCUGUGGUGCCGGGGCUCCGAACCCGAACCCGAACCCGCGCCAGCCGAGGCCGUGUCGGGUCCUGCAAUCCGGUGAACGACGACUCUCCCAACGCUACAGACGACGCAGCGGACGAGAUCAUGGACCGCAUCGUUAAGUCCGCCACGCAAGUGCCAAGCCAACGAGCCGUGCCUAGGGAGAGAAAGCGGUCAAGAGCAAACAGGAAAUCAUUAAGACGAACACUUAAGAGUGGCUUGACGGCAGAAGAGGCCAAAGCCCUGGGACUUAGCACCUCUGAAAUGCAGGUGUGAAGAGACUUCCAGAGGCUGAGUCCAGAAAUGUGUACAGCACCUGGGUCAACCAAUGCUAUGGCAACUCCAUCCAGCUGGCUGCUCUUCAGGCUCCUGUCACCCAAUCGUCUUUGAGCUAAUUUACUGUACGACUCAUGUUAAGAAAUAAAAAAUAAUAAAGAGCUAUUGAAAAGGUUGUUACCGCUCAGCACUAGAAAUUUUGGCAGUUACAGAAAUCAGGAUUGUUCUUGAGUAUUUUGUAGGUUAAAACAUAUUGCAUUUCUUGAUUAUACUGAUUUGGUUAUUAGAAAAUCCCCUGUUGAGUUCAUUGUUCCUGUAUGAGUUGUGUUUAUGUUGGCUUUACUUUUGGCCUGUUCUUGUAGCUGUAACAUGCACUUUGUCAGUAUAAAGAACAGCCUUCUGAGGGCAAGCAUACCCUGUCUCUGUUAUAAUGCAGUCUACAGCUUUUUUAGGCUACUGUUCGCAGCAUGAAACGUGUGUCUGACAAUAUACAGCACCGUGUACACUAUAAUGUGAUUUUUUUUCAUACUACACAAAGAUGAGCAUUUAGUUGUGAGCAAGUGUUUGGGGUGAACUAACGAGUAAAUGACUUAAGUGCAUUUGAGUAAAGAGAGUAUUUUUUGUAACUACCGUCAGCAGUUGGCAAUACUUUAUUAGUGUGCUUGCAAAGUACUGUAUUCCUUCAAAUUUAAGAUGCCCUCAAAUUUAAGACGCAGCCCAAAUUUUCCACCCUCAAUUUGAGGAAAUAAUAAAACAUCAAAUAAAUAUGCAUUUACAAAGAUACAACCUCAAUUAGGCAUAUGGGGGCAGUUUGUGGAAGUCUGCUAUCACACAGAGCAUUACAGUUAUGUGCUGCUUCUCAUUUCCAGUCGUGGUUACUCACACCUGCAUUUCUCCCAGUGUGUGAAGUGUGGUAUUGCUUGACAUGUUGAAAAAUACGGGGGUCUGAUUAGCAUUUCCGAUCUGUCUGGUACUGUUUGUUAGAAAUGCAGAAUUCGAAUUCCUCAGGAAUCUAAUGAUGCUUCUUUGAAAAUGGCUGCUUGUAUGUCAUGGAUGAUUCAAGAUCGGGCAGUGACGUUUUUGUUUGUCUUUGUUGGCAGUCAGUCACGUUGCUGUUUGUGUACUCAGGUAGUCACGUCUUUUGUGUUAAUACACGCAUCACUGUACUGUACUCUAAGUUGCAGGCUACUUUUGAGAAGCAAAAAAUGCUUUAAAAAUGUGUCUUAAAUUUGAAGAAAUACGGUAAUUAAAAGCCCACUCUGACAGCAACAUAACAACGCAUUUGAGAGUUUUAUAAUACUGUAUUUAAAUGUGUUGACAAGGAGGCUUUUUAGUAAAAGGCCAUAGAUGUAGCAAACCACAGCAUUGAGGAUGUGUGACGGCCAUUGCCAGGCAGAUUAGACAAGAGAUUAAAAUAGAUGCGAAAAAGAGGCAUGUGUAGGUAGAUGAUCAUAGAAGGAGACCAACAUUUUUUUUAGUUAUUACCAGUGAAAUUAGAGAAAAAUAAUGCAAUAACUAAUUAAGGGUUUAAACAAAGCAACCAAAGUAAAAAGGUAACCAUGAGACAAUAAAAAGGUUGCAAAAUUGACUUUUCAGGAAAGUCUGUGGAGGCUGUGUGGUCCAGUGGUUAAAGAAAAGGGCUUGUAACCAGGAGGUCCCUGGUUCAAAUCCCACCUCAGCCACUGACUCAUUGUGUGACCCUGAGCAAGUCACUUAACCUCCUUGUGCUCCGUCUUUCGGGUGAGACGUAGUUGUAAGUGACUCUGCAGCUGAUGCAUAGUUCACACACCCUAGUCUCUGUAAGUCGCCUUGGAUAAAGGCGUCUGCUAAAUAAACAAAUAAUAAUAAUAACUUUAAUGGUAAAUUAUAUAUACAUUAACUGAAAAGAAGUUGUACUGAAAAUAAUUGUCAGCCUGUUGCCACUGGUUACCCCAAAAUACACUUUGGCCACUUUUUGUAGUGUUGUGUCCUAAAUAGCAAACAGUUGUAGUGGGUAGAAAAUCAAGCAUUAGGUAUAUCUAAAAGGGGGAAAGUAGAACAUGUGGAGAGAGAAUAGGGGGUAUGCAGUACUGCAGUAUGUCAUAUCUUGAGGAUUUCUGUGAUGUGAUAUCAACACACCUUGGUGUUUGAGGAGCUGUGGACUGCAGGGAAUUUUAAGGAAGAGAGCAGUCAAGUGUUAUUGUUUUAGAAGUGAACAAGGCGACAGGACAUAAAUAAAAGUGAAGGAUAUAGUUUGUUUUAUACUGACGGUAGGCCUAAGUCGUAGAAUUGCUGAUCACAUUCUUGUCAUUCUCACAUUUUGUAGCACAGACCAAAAAUAAAACUUUAUAAGGGAUGGUAUAUAACAGGAAAGUAAUGCUUGGAAUAUAACAGUAGAGAUACAGGUGGCCCAAUUCUGUGUAGGGCCUAAUUCUACCUAUAUAUAGUCAUUAUUCAUUUUUGUUUGGUAAUGCAGAGUAUGAAUAAGAUGACUUCUUAUGAUAACUGCAAAGUCUUUCAUCAAAAUCAGUAUGAGAAACAUUUCCGUAAACUUCUGAAAUCAUUUUUUAUGGUUUUGGUAUACAUAGGACACCGGCACCUUAUUACAGACACACACACACACACACAAGCAUGUAUACUAUAUACAGUAUCUAGGUCUAUAUAGAAUAUUUAAAGAAGAUGGUAGACUGCAGAACAGAAGGUUCUUUACACUGUCAAUACAGCAUUGGUUUAGUACAGCUUUUAGUUGUGUAAGUGUGUAAGGAAAAUUCAUUUAAAGUUCCUCAUCCAUUUUUCUAAAUCGUGUUUGAAACAGUUUUGUGUGUGUGUGUGUGUGUUUUAAAGGAUGAAUUAUUCUUUUAACAUUGUCACCUUGACAUUGUCUACAUUUCUGCACUUUUUCUACCAGGCAGUAUAGCUGCAAAUGGGUUGAAGGGUCAUCAGGUACGGCCUCACGUGAUACUGUGGUAAACAUGAAACAGUGGGAGAAUGUUAGUUUGUUUUAGUGGAUAAGGUGGGAGGUAUAUAACUCAUGCUACAAAUGGGAUACUAGGUUGUGCACACUGCUCAGAAAGAGGCUUACUUGGAGGCCGCUUCAAAAUCCCCAAAACAUGGGAGACAUAGGCUUUGAGCUUGGGCGACUACAGUAAGGGUUUUAGUUCUAGAACGCUUUGAGAGCACCCAUUGUAUUUUGUGACUUGUUCUUAUUGCGGAAGACCACAUUUUAAUUAAUUAAAUAAACAUUUUAAACAUGACAGAUGUUUCAAUGCAGUGCCUUUCUGAAAGACAUUUCUGUAACUAGUCAUCAUUAUUUAAGAAAAAUGUGGAUGCAGUCAGAUAUGUAUUAGAAAAUGAUCACUUCAAACACUAAAUACAUAGUCUGUAGGAAAUUCGACCAUCUUCCAUAGGUCAGCCAGAAUCUUUGCAUUUCCACUUGCAAAAGUUGAUGCAUGCAUAACAAAUGAUGCCUCAAGUCUUCCUUUAUCUUUUAAGAUGCUUUACAAGAUAAUGCCUUAUGGAGUGGCAUUUCCCAUUUACAUUUACUGUAUAGUGUGCUACACAUGUCUUGGUUAGUAAGUAAUUACUAUGUAAUCGCUUUUAAUUACAUUUUAAAUAAUUAGGUUAUUAAUAGCAAUGCAAUAGAAAUUACUCCACUGUAUUGUCAUUACUGUGUAAUUCACCUAAUGUAAAAUAGGCUGCUAUAUUUGUCCUAUCUUAAACUAAAGCAAGACCCUUGAGGUCAGGCUUUAUGUUCAAUACUGGAAAACACCUAGUGAUGCAUACUAGCACCUCUUAUUCCAUUUGUAGCAUGAGAUGAAUUUGUAUUUUUUUUAAUCAUUGUCUUCAGACAUUUUUUCCUCUGUUGUGAACUAAGAAUUGUAAAAAAAAAAUAAAAAAUACAUGUAAAGAUAGAAUGGAAAAGUAAUUAGACAGAAAAGCCGAAGGACAAAUGCUGUAAAAUUAUGUAAAUGUCACUAUUCAUAUUGUUGUGUUUUUGUGUAGAAUAGUGUAAAAUAGGCUAAACUGCAGUGUUAUUCUGUGAAAUGUAAUUUAAGAGAAAAAUAAGCCAUGCAUGGUCAAAAAAGAUAUUAUCGAUGAUGUGUUGCUUAUUCUAGAUAAGGGAGAUUCGUAUAUGUUCGAUUUAAUGUAAUUGCUUUUUCUGUUUUAUGUUUCUCCGUUUAUGAACUUGAAUUAUGGUAGUAGAAUGAUUUAUUCAAUCCAUCCACCUUGAACUCAUAUAAAACCCUUAGGAAGCCUUUUUUUCACUGAAUAGCAUUGCAAAUGAUAAUAGCGUUUUCUCAUCUACAGAACUUGUGCUAAGACUCUCUCUUUCAGUGCCAUGUUGUGUCAAGUGGUGAUUGAACCUCUUUUUAAAAAGUGGAUUCUAUCAGAUUUAGGCUUACCUCAACCGCACUAUGUAAACACAUCUUGCAAUAAAGCUUUAUGAAACAAUCAA